CGGCACUUUACAGCUUUUGGUGUUUAGUCAAGGAAUGAUUACCAGCGAGGAUUGCACCCAAAAUGCAUUGCUACAAAUUCAAGAUGGCAGCUCCCAUGGUCGCACGGAGUUUGAGAUUGUUAUGCAAUCGACAAGCCGUUUUCAGGAACUUAAGUCGACCCAUGAGUAAGCUACAGCCAACUGAUGAUGAGCUGUAUGUACGAACAACAAUCAGCCUCUUGUCUAAAGAGUCCGAGGGUCUACCGUUCAUCUCCAACUACAGCGUCCAUGGAUUCACAGUCAGCGGAGAUCGAGUAAUCGGACCUCUGGCUAUUCUGCCGAGAAGUCUCGUCCAGUGGAAUGUCGGUAGUGUAGCAGACAUCAAUGAAGAGAGCCUGUCACUGUUUCAUUUAUUGGAACCCAAAAUAGAAAUCCUUGUUCUUGGCUGUGGGGCAGUCAACCACAGAUUGGAUCCUGGGCUGCACAAAUUCAUGAGGCAAAAGGGAAUAGCGCUUGAAGUUCAAGACACGCCACACGCCUGUUCAACAUUUAAUUAUUUAGUGAGUGAGAACCGCAUCGUUGCCGCAGGUCUCAUACCCCCCGAGAAGGUAUUAUGAUGAUGGCAUCACUAAUCAACGAAGAGUUUCCGUUGUGUGCAAUUCUCCGUCUCAGUUCAUUUGUUGAUCAACCAAUAAUCAGUUACGAGCUGCAGUGGUGUAUCUAACAAGGGGUGGAAGUGGAAUUGUGUCAAAAUGUUGCUACAUGCCAACAGUCGACCCUGGUAAAAAGAACAAAUUUUAUCUCAGGAGUUUUUUUCCACACCUCUUAAGCUUGGUUUAUACUUCCUGCGAAUGCGAAGCGAAUUUCGGUGACACAACAAUCGGUAUGAGCUCCCUUUACCUUUGUGACGCAAUAAAAUUUGCAUUGCACGAAGCAUUCGCAGGAAGAAUGAACCAGGCUUUAGACUCUGUCUACAGCUUCGAGCUUUCUGAUGUUAAAAGCAUUUAUACAAAAUGUACACUGCUCCAAAUUUGAUAAAGUCUGGAGCCAGGGCACAAGCCAAGAUUUGGGAAAAUGGUCCACGUCUGCUCAAGUUUCUGGAGUUGGGCGAUUCACAAUACAGCAGCACUCAGAAGUUUCCCUAAAAGUAACCCACUAGAAACUAAGCAUCACACAAGGGCGGCAAGACAACAAAAACUUGUCAACUUUAAUCCCCGUGAGGCACUGUAAAAAUGUCCUCCCCUAGAUUAUGAAACACCAUCUAAAAGGUGUACAAAUGAGCCGAGCUGUACACAGUAACAUCAAGUAAUUUAAAAAUCAAAUCCAUUUGUACAUUAACUUGAAUAGUAGUCUCAGUGUUCAUGUUUAUUGUAUACUGUCAUGAUGCAUAUUGUACAAGUCAGCUAGUGUCACCUGUCGGAAUAUUUUAGUGAAGUUCAGCACAAAACAAACGGAAAAGAGUUCAUACAGCAGUACGGAAACAAAGGCAAAAUCAGAAGGGGCAGGAAAACUGAACAAUUCAAAACCUGGUAUUAGUAGAAAACAAAUAUGUAUGGGAAAAACAUACAGGUAUACCAACAAAAAUAUUUAGUACAUGAAAAGUGAUUUUUUUUACAAUACGGUCAUACUUGACUAAAAUGUUACUGUAAAUAUUAAUGUACAUUUUAACAAAUAUUGUAACUUUAUUGCACUAGGCUAGAAAAGAAAAUAUAGAUUGGUUAAAGGCCACAGCAUACUUGAGACAAAUAAAUCGCCCCCACUUUUCUGUAGAGUGUGGGGGGGGGGGGGGGGGCAGGGCGGGGUGUGCGUACCCAUCAAAUAAGGAGGACUUUAUCCAAAGGAAUUUGGGUGUUUAGAAAGAGCGAGGAUACUCACUUCUCUUUUGUGCAUAAAAACAUUGGCAGAUAGUUAAGCAGUGGACACUAUUGGUAAUUACUCAAAAUAAUUAUUAGCAUAAAACCUUACUUGGUAACGAGUAAUGGGGA